AUGGCACAUGGAAUCCUUGAUCAGUUUCGUGUUCAUGGGAACAUGGAGUUGGAAGACAUCGGAGAGCUGUAUUUUAAAGAUUUAUGGGCGAGAUCCUUCUUUCAAAAAGUUAUUGAUGAUCAUACAUGCUACUUCUUUGAUAUGCAUGGUCUUAUCCAUGAUCUUGUACAAUCAGUUGCACAAGGUGAGUGUUUUAUAGUGAAGUCUGCAAACACCAAAGACAUAUUUGAAAAUGUUAGACAUUUGACAUUUUUGGAAGCUGGCCAAAAUGUUUCAACAACCUUGCAAAAGUUGAACAAAGUGCGGACUAUAGCAGCAGAACGAAUAGACAUUGAUGAAUCCUUCCUUCACACUUGCUUUUCAAGAUUCAAGUAUUUGCGAGUGCUUAAGUUAUUGGAAGUAUCACUACAAGUGUUGCCAAGUUCCAUUGGUUCCCUGAAACAUUUGAAAUAUCUGGACUUGAGUUUAAAUGAAGCAAUGACGAAAGUCCCCAAUUCAAUUUGCAGACUGCAGAGCUUGCAAACUCUAAAUUUUGGUUAUUGUGAGAAUCUCCAAGAGUUACCGAGAGAUAUAAGCAAAUUGAUAAGCCUCACAUCACUUUUCUUAACCACAAAACAAACAAGUUUUACAGAGAAUGGGGUGGGAUGCUUGAAAUCACUUCGAUUUCUUAGUAUUACCGAGUGUAGUAAUUUAACCUUUUUGCCGCGUGAAACGAGCUAUCUUGCUGCAUUACGAACUCUAUGGAUAGUAGAAUGCAAACUGCUGGAUUUGGUGGACGUAAACUAUCAAGGAACUCCCCGGAGGCUCCAAAAAUUGAUUAUUAAAGAUGUACCACGGAUGGUGGCAUUGCCUGAAUGGUUUCAAGGAGCGGCUAACAUCCUUCAACUCUUGGUUAUUGCCAGGUGUGAGAAUUUGGAGGCAUUACCUGAGUGGUUGAGAAGUUUCACAUCACUCAGAAAGUUGGUCCUUGAUUCAUAUCCGAAAUUGUCAUCUCUACCAGGGAGGAUGUGUUCUCUUACCUCCUUAAAAGAACUUGUGAUUGAUGAUUGUCCCGAAUUGGAGAGGAGAUGCCAACGCGACAUUGGAGAAGAUUGGUCCAAAAUUUCUCAUGAGCCACAUGUUUCCUUUCACUUGUUUGAUUGA